CGCACAUAGCUUUGCCGGCCCUUAGGAAAUUUGUUUGGCAACGGUGCACACUAUGGGAAAAUAAAUUAAAGAAAAAAGACAAAAAAAAAAAAAAGAAUAAAAGAGAAGUCAGAUUUGGGCGGAAGGAAACUGAAGUUUGUUAUCGGAUGUGUUUACAUGGGAUUGUUUAAAUAUCCUUGUAAAAAUGGUAGUCAAUUUUUUAAACCAGCUGUCUGAAUCCUUCUGGUCAUCAGAUGUGUGGUUACCUCCUGGAGUCACCUGGAAGGAUUUAGAACCUAACGACCAAAACCCAAUAGCAUAUCCCCGUUUUAGCGAUAUUUGGUACCCUGUUUUAUUUUCGUUCGCCCUAACGUUCCUCAGGCUCUUAUUCGAAAAGUAUGUUUUCUUCCCGUUAGGCAUAGCCAAUGGCUUGAGACCUGUCAGACCAUGGAAGGGACAGGCUCCUGACAAUCCCGUACUUGAGAAGGCUUUCCUUGUUGCCCGAAAAGGCAGAUUGAACUACAAACAGAUUCAAGGACUUGCAAAACAGUUGGAUUGGACUGAAAGGCAAGUGGAGAGAUGGAUUCGCAUGAGACGAAUGAUGGACCGGCCUUCUACACUUGUCAAAUUCAUGGAAUGUGGCUGGAGAUUCAGCUACUAUGGAUUUGCCUUUGGCUACGGAGUGUGGACUCUCUGGGAUAAAGACUGGUUUUGGGAUAUCAAUCAUUGCUGGUACACCUUUCCACAUCAGGGGGUGACAAAUGACAUUUGGUGGUAUUAUAUGAUGGAACUAAGUUUUUAUUGGUCUCUACUCUUUUCCAUGUUUGAAGACAUUAAGAGAAAAGAUUUUUUGGAGAUGUUGAUUCACCACUUUGUCACUAUUAUUCUCUUGGUUCUGUCGUGGACGUGCAACCUCAUUCGUGCCGGGACGCUAGUCCUUGUGAUACACGAUUGCGCCGAUAUUUUCUUGGAAAUGGCCAAAAUGAUGAAGUACAUCAAAUGGCAACGUACCUGCGAUGUAUUGUUUGCCAUCUUUACGGUUACCUGGAUAGGUACGCGGCUGGUGAUUUAUCCAUAUUGGUUCCUUUACAGCACUUGUAUCGGUGCCAAAGAGAUAGUUCCCAUGUUUCCAGCCUACUACAUUUUCAAUUCGUUGCUACUUUUACUCCUCGUUUUGCACAUCAUCUGGACGUAUUUCAUACUUAAAGUAUUAUAUCGAGCCAUUCUUUCAGGGCAGAUGGAAAAAGAUUCGCGCAGCUCAUCUAGCGAAGAUUUCAGUGAAGACAACAGCAAAUCUGGCAAUUCUUCAGCCACCCCUACAACUCCAUCCAAACGAUUGCCAGCAAAGUCAGGCAGUCACAGUCGAGAACACAAAAAUUCCAAAUAGUCGUAAUGAUCGUGGUCCAAUAAAGUUCAGAGUGUUUGCUGCUGAGUCUGAGCCUUUUUCUCUCGUAAUCACAUUGCUUGAGAAGCAUCAAAUACGGUACGGUUUCAAGUAUCAAAAUAUGAAUAUUCUAAAAUAAACGUAGGUCUAUUGUUUUCACGAAAAUGGAUGGACAUCAUUUCGUGUCCCAAGAACGGAAUAACUGCACUAUCAUAAUUUCUUCGAGUGUGUGUGUGUGUGUGUGAGCAUCAAUCUCUCGUCGAUGUUUGGUAUUCAGCGUCUUGUCCUGCUGGUCUUUGUUGAGGUAUUUCAAUUCCCACUACUGACCUUUUCCUCUAUUUCUUUUUGUUUUUUAAAUAGCCUAUUUUUCCCUCCCCCCCCCCCCUACAGUUGUCUUCCCCAAAGUUAUCUGAUUAAUCGUAUGAUGUGCAUCAGCAGCAGUGCCUUUAUUUACGCAAAGCAAAAAGAAAUCGCUUCAUCUGCCGAUCUAAUUCUUCCGCCAAGUUGUUUUCUGUUUGUUUAUGAAUUGCUGUAAUAAAACAGUUUCGAUGA